UGCAGGCCCCUCUCCAUUAUCACCCCUUCGUGGGGAUGUGUGGGGGGCGGGACCCACAACAACAACGGCCGCCGUCGCCGCCGCUUCUCCCACCCCCGUCCGUCCCGCCCGGUCGCGCGUGUCUGUCUGCCUGUCAGCUCCAGGAAGCGCAGCGGCUCUGUAGCCGCCUCGUCCGCAGCCGCCGCCGCCAUGCAUUGUGGGGCAGCGGCAGCAGAUCCAAGAUGGCGGCCAGCAGGAGGCUGAUGAAGGAGCUUGAAGAAAUCCGCAAGUGUGGAAUGAAGAACUUCCGUAAUAUCCAAGUUGAUGAAGCUAACUUAUUGACUUGGCAAGGGCUUAUUGUUCCUGACAAUCCUCCGUAUGACAAGGGUGCAUUCAGAAUUGAAAUCAACUUUCCAGCAGAGUAUCCAUUCAAACCUCCCAAGAUUACAUUUAAAACAAAGAUCUAUCACCCUAACAUCGAUGAAAAGGGGCAGGUUUGUCUGCCAGUAAUUAGUGCUGAAAACUGGAAGCCAGCCACCAAAACUGAUCAAGUAAUCCAGUCCCUCAUAGCACUGGUGAACGACCCCCAGCCCGAGCACCCACUUCGGGCCGACCUAGCCGAAGAAUACUCUAAGGACCGUAAAAAAUUCUGUAAGAACGCUGAAGAGUUUACAAAGAAAUAUGGUGAAAAGCGACCAGUGGACUAAAAAAAAAAAAAAAAAAUCUGACAGAGUUGAUGUCAGCAAUAUGUGAUAGAAGAUCUGGAGCAGUGCAUUUCAGACACACCACAAAGCAGGACUCUAUGGAAAAUUGACAAGUGCCACCUCUUGGUGUUAACUUGUGGCUGUUACUAACUUUCUACAGUUUCUUAAUCAAAAGUGGGCUAGGUAACCUGUAAAGAAAGGAUUAAAAAUUUAAGAUGUUCUAGUUCUGCUUUCUUUGUUUAAAAUCACUGCUUCAAUAUACUUUAAAGGAUGAUGUUUCUUUUUUUUCCUUGUCAGAAUUUAUAAAAAAAAUAUCUUAGACAUAUAAUCUGCCCUUAAAAAGUUCAAAAGGUUGUGGCUGUUUUUUCUUAUUUUUGCUUGCAAUUCCUUUUUCCCCCCAUUUAAUUUUGUUUUUUCUUCCCUUCUCCCCUCCGCCCCGAACAAAAACAAAAUCCCACCAUCACAUUGAUGUCUUAGCAAAAUUAUAUUGUUUUCCUGGCAAAAAAAUGAGAGAGAAAGAGAUGGAAUGUUUGACAGUUUUGCUUCCUUUAUCCCUCUUAAAUGUUGCAGUGUGAUUUGUGGAACUUGGCCUCAAGUUUCUCUCAACUUCAGUUUGUAACAUUAUAAAAUCCACCACUUGUACUCCAUCAGAUAAUCAGAACCGAGCCUAGAUCUCGUGUAAAUCUGGCUGAUGUUACUACAAUAAUGUUUAUUAAAUGGGGAACUCCAAGCUUUGUGUGCAUGAGUGAAUAUCGCUUAUGUCCUGUUUCUGGGAAAUUGUUGACACAGGAUUUUCUGUAACAAAGGAAUAGUGGGAUGUGAUUUUUCAAAAAAAAUUAUUUUACACUUUUAUUUAUGCAGACAACCUAGAAGAAAUCAUUAUUUGGAACAGCAUUACAAACUGGUUUGGGAAAAUGUUCAGAUUAGGGACCAAGAGGUACCAAAGUGGAAAAAAAACAAAGUUCCCCCAACCAACCCCCUUUGGGGGGGGGGGCUUCAUUUUUUUGUAGCGGAGAGGGUUGCAGAAGGAAAAUGUCAUGCAGUGUUGAUUUUGAUAAACAAAUUGAUAGUCAACAAAUACAUAUUUCCAUCCUAUUACUUCUCUCCUGUGGAAUUAUAAACUUACCUUCCCAUAAUGAUGGAUAGUCUGAUUGUUAUUGGAAACACAAUUAUUAUUAAGCAGUAAGCAGCCAAUGCAUACUGCCAUUCAUGAAAUUCUUGCAUAAAAUAUGACAUUCUAAAAUUGAAUGGUUAUAAUUCAGGGGACAACAAAAAUACAUUUUUCUUUUUAAUCCCAGGCAUUCGUGCACAAAUAAGGUGAUGCACUUCCCAUUUAGAAUGGAAUACUCUUUCCAUUUUAUUUUUAAUUUUAGGAUACUGUAAAAUACAAUCUAGCCAUGUGACCAAAGGUGGCUUCUCAGCUACUAAGUUUUAACGCUUGGUUUAAGAAAGCAUUUGGCUCCAUCCCUGGGGCAAUUGUAGGGAGUUUGGAAAUAGGCUUUUCCUUUGCCACAUUUUAGGGCUAACAUAUGUUGGGGAGCAGUAGUCUUUUGGAUUUUAAUGUUUUCUGUAUACCCCUCUCCUCCCUUCUUCCCAACUCCUAACUUUUGAUUUAAAACCGUAAAAGAUUGACAGCCAAGUACCUCUGUUGAAAAGUAAAGGUUUUUUUUUUCUUUUUUAAGUUGGGAUAUGAAGCAUCUCUGUUUUAAGUGUUCUUAGACAAAUUAUUUGGUAGGCAAUUAAAGUAAAAAAACUACCUUUUACUUAAUGGACACUUGCAUUUCCUAAGUGUGUGUGUUCAGGCUUGGUGACCAGCACUGUUUAUUACCAAAAUUUCCACAAUUUUUUUGUGUCUUCAUUUGCAGAAAGUUGGUACUGACUUUGUUUCAUUCACGCUCACGCAGAUUCAAAAUAAACAAAAAAUGCCAAAUUUUA